AUGGUGACCAUUGAAAUCCAAACUCAGACAACACACCACAGCCAGUACUCUACCAUUUUUAAGAAAGCUAAGCGUCCUGUUACUUUGAAGUUUGAGGAUGUUGUUUACAAGAUUAAAACCAAGGAAGGAGGAAUCCUAAAGAAGAAGUCAAAAUCCGAAGAGAAAACAAUCUUGAAGGGAGUCACAGGAAUGGUCCUGCCCGGUGAAGUGUUGGCCAUGCUAGGCCCUUCUGGCAGUGGCAAAACAACUCUCCUCACUGCAUUGGGAGGCCGACUUGGAGGCCAAAUCAGUGGAAGCAUUACUUACAAUGGCAAGCCCUUUUCGAACCAAAUGAAGCGAAACACCGGAUUUGUGACUCAAGAUGAUGUCCUGUAUCCUCAUCUCACUGUGACUGAAACACUAGUAUUCACUGCUCUUCUCAGGUUACCAAAUACUCUCACUAAACAAGAAAAGGUAACACAUGCAGAGUCCGUGAUCACUCAGCUUGGAUUGACUAGGUGCAAGAACAGCAUUGUAGGGAGUCCAUAUUUAAGAGGGGUGUCAGGAGGAGAGAGAAAAAGGGUUAGUAUAGGCCAAGAGAUGCUCAUAAAUCCAAGUCUCUUGUUUCUGGAUGAACCCACAUCAGGCCUUGACUCAACAACCGCUCACCGGAUUGUAUCAAUCCUGUGGGAGCUAGCUAAUGGAGGAAGAACUGUUGUGAUGACGAUACACCAGCCAUCAAGUAGUCUAUUUUACAUGUUUCACAAGGUGUUGCUGUUAUCAGAAGGUUGUCCUUUGUAUUUUGGGAAGGGAGAAGAGGCCAUGGAUUACUUUGCUCGAAUCGGAUAUGCCCCAUCAGUUCCCAUGAAUCCUUCUGAUUUCUUGUUAGAUCUCGCAAAUGGUGUUGUAUCAAAUGAUUCCCAUGAGGAUCCAGCUGUGAUCAAGCAGACUCUGGUUUCAGCUUUUAGAACCAAUCUAGCUGGUAGAUUGAAGGCAGAGCUUCAUGAAAUUGACGGUGAUGAUCAUGAAGGUCUAGAAGACAAGCAGUACUUCACACAGUGGACCACAACAUGGUGGCAACAGUUUUCAGUGUUGUUGAGAAGAGGGGUGAAAGAAAGGAGGCACGAGUCCUUCUCUGGCAUCAAGAUUGGACAGGUCCUUGUUGUAGCUUUUGUUUCAGGAUUAAUAUGGUGGCAUUCUGAUAUCAGUCACUUACAAGAACAGAUGGGACUAUUCUUCUUCUACGCAGCAUUUUGGGGCUCUCUACCUCUGUUAGAAGCUAUUUAUACUUUUCCCCAAGAACGGAUGAUGCUCGAAAAGGAAAGAUCUUCUGGGAUGUAUAGACUGUCAUCAUAUUUCAUCGCGAGGACUGUGAGUGACCUACCCAUGGAGCUUGCCCUCCCCACCAUUUUUGUUACCAUAACAUAUUGGAUGGCAGGGUUCAAACCCACAGCUGGAAAUUUCUUGGGAACCCUAAAUGUUGUCCUAUUAUGUGUGUUAGUCUCUCAAGGCCUAGGACUUGCAAUUGGUGCUCUGGUAGUGGACCAAAAAUCUGCCAGUAUGCUGGGAACAGUUAUAAUGCUUUCCUUCACUCUAGUAAGCGGAUACAUGGUUCAGAAUAUCCCCUCCUUCAUAGAUUGGACUAAGUACCUCUCUGUCAGUAUGUACACAUAUAAGCUCUUGUUGGUGUCACAAUAUAAGGCGACCGACACGUACCCAUGUGGUACCGGCGACGCUUGCUUGAUUGGGGAGUUUCCGUCUAUAAAGCCUAUUGGUCUUGGCGGCCAAGUCUUCUCUGUGGUUGCUAUGGCUAUAAUGCUUUUGGGUUACAGGUUCGUUGCUUAUAUCGCCCUAAUGAGGGUUGGAAAGACAAUCAAAUAG